AUGGCGGCCUCGAACGCCGCAGAUGCGAAGACCUUGAACGACCUCUUAAAGUCGACACUCGCGCUCCUCAAACAAUUCUCGGCUUCCCUCACAGCCAAAUCGAACGAACCUGCAGCCAUCGAGAAUGCGCCGAAUCCUCUUAACGUCCUGAAGGACUCCGCAACCCUCCUCAAAGCACACACUACAAAGGUAUCGUUGUUGGCUAUCAACAAGCCCUUCACCCCUUCCGCGAUCACCAAGGUCCUCCGCGAGCUAUCCGGAACAUGCCUUCCCGCAAUGAUGAGCGCGGUACAAAUCUGCACACAACAGAAGAACACAUGGCCUCAGAUGAUGGCGAAAGAAGCACAGAUACGCGUCGCAAGAGUGUUCAGAGAAAUGGAACACCUGUUACUGGAAGUUCAGUCGGUCUCGCAACGAAAUGCCCCGCCAGCGACAAUGGACAGUCUGAGAUCGACAGGUGUAGUCUGGGAAAGCUGCGACGCGCUGAUCGAGUUGGAAAAGCUGGGAGUCGCUGGACUUGCGGUACAGAAAGCGGAACAAUACCGAGAUUCAAUCAAGGAUGCGAUUGAAGAGCUGCAGGAAUGGAGAGAAGGGACGGAUAUGGAUAAUGAAGGGGAGGAUGAUGCAUUGCUGGAUGAUGAAGACGAAGGCGUAGAUGGGGAUGCAGACAGCAUUGAUGACAUUUUCAAUGCAGCGAACAGCUGUCCCAAAGAUCGACCUGAGCUGAGAGAAUUGGUGGAGAAAGCAGAGGGCCGGUUGAAAAAGGUUGUGUUGCUUUACACUGCGCUUGGAAAGCGGAGAUUCAGGACGUACAAACCUGGUUUGGCAGGCGAUGAGGCAGUGAGGAGACUGGACCAAGCGAUGGAGUAUCUGAAACAAGUACAGACCGAUGUGGACGAGUUAGCGAGCUGCUUCUACGACUUGGACGAGGAAAAGGCCAAGACCGGAUUAGACGAAUGCGUCAAGCAAGCUAAAGGGGCAUGCGAAAUAUCAAGACUCAGCUGGGACGGCCAAGAAGAUGAGUUCACAGUCUGGAGCAAGAAAUGGGAAGAAGCAGUGGGAUGA